GCCUUAGCAACUCUGGCUGCCGGCCCGUGCUCCCCGCGACGCGCGCCCCGUUCACUGCGCGCCGGGCCUCGGGUCCCGCCUCCCGGUGGUUUUCGCUUUCGCUUUCGCUUUCCUGCCGGUAUUGUAGAGGAAUAUGAAAGUGGCCGUGUCCAGGGCUGGCGCAGCUGCCGUUCCCGACGAAGGACUCAGAAGCGGCCGCCGGCUUCGGGCCUGGAGCGAGGUGCCACAGAGUUUGCAGGUUAUCACUCGAGCAGAUGGAGGAAAACAACGUGAAAGACAUCACAGCUGGACACUCAUCUUGAAGGAACUCUGAGAUGGACUGUUCUUAUACCCUUCCUGUUGGAGAAGGAGUGAGGGUAUCUGAAAAUAGAGGCCUCCACUUUGUGAAAAUGGGCUUGAAUCUGAGUGGAGCAAGGGAUGUGGAGAGGACAGAAGUAGACCUUGUAUGACCUGUGAAGGAGACUGGACUUCAGUUGGUGCUCAGCUCCAGUUCACCGGAGAUUUGUGUGUGUACAAGUUGGGAGUCUGUGCGAUGGCAGAGUUCUGAACCCCAUGCGUAGGCAUGUGCUGGAAGGAAGACUCAUUUUCUUACACUGAAGAACUUGCCUCUCCCACCCAGUACCUGUGUCUGACUACUCUAGACCUCUCUCAUGACCAGGAACAGCAGGAGCAAUUGCUUCACACAAGCAGGCAAGCCUGACACUGAUACGUGCAAACCAAGCAGAUGAUGCACAGGGUAAUGGCACUGGUCUAUAAGUGCCUGCGGGCCCACAACUGUAUCCCAGCACCUAGAGGAUCUGCAACAGACCAGAUGGCAAACUAUUAUCUCAUACUGAGAUAUAAUCCUUAAAAAAUAGAUGAAGCUUAUAUGAUUACUGAGGAGUUUUACAGUUGAUAUAAAAUAACUACUUCACCAGAAAGAAAAUGUUUAGGAAGUAUAAUACAACUACAUUACCAACUGAACUUACAUCAGUGAUUUCUUUUAUAGUUCUAGCAGGGCUGCACAGGUAAUCUGCAUGCUGGAAGACUGAGAUACGAAUAAAGCAGCCUUCACUAAGCAGGAGAAAACUCACCAACCAUUCCCUAAUUUAUUUUAGAGGAAUCAUACUGAGCUCACACUGACUAUGAAGAUGAUUGAAAUGACCAAGGUUGCUCAAGAAACAGAUGUUAGAGCCCAGAUUCGUCUGCAGUUUCGUGAUGUCAAUGGAGAACUUAUAGCUGUGCAGAGAUCUAUGGUGUGUACUCAGAAAAGCAAAAAGACAGAAUUUAAAACCUUAGAAGGAGUAAUUACGAGAACAAAGCAUGGUGAAAAGGUCAGUCUCAGUUCUAAGUGUGCAGAAAUUGACCGAGAGAUGAUAAGUUCUCUUGGGGUUUCCAAGUCUGUGCUAAAUAAUGUCAUCUUCUGUCACCAAGAAGAGUCUAAUUGGCCUUUAAGUGAAGGAAAGGCUUUGAAGCAGAAGUUUGAUGAGAUUUUUUCAGCAACAAGGUACAUUAAAGCUUUGGAAACACUUCGGCAGGUACGUCAGACACAAGGUCAGAAAGUAAAAGAAUGUCAAGCAGAACUAAAGUAUCUGAAGCAAAAUAAGGAAAAAGCUUGUGAGAUUCAAGAUCAGAUUGCUAGUAAGGAAGCCCAGUUAACGUCUUCAAAGGAAAUUGUCAAAUCCUAUGAGAAUGAACUUGAUCCACUGAAGAAUCGUCUAAAAGAAAUUGAACAGAAUCUCUCCAAAAUAAUGAGACUUGACAAUGAAAUUAAAGCCUUGGAUAGUCGAAAGAAGCAAAUGGAGAAAGAUAAUAGUGAACUGGAACAGAAAAUGGAAAAGGUUUUUCAAGGGACUGAUGAGCAACUAAAUGAUUUGUAUCAUAAUCACCAGAGGACAGUAAGAGAAAAGGAAAGAAGAUUAGUAGAUGGUCAGCGUGAACUGGAAAAAUUAAAUAAAGAAUGUAGGCUGCUCAAUCAAGAAAAAGCAGAACUGCUUGUUGAACAGGGUCGUUUGCAGCAGCAAGCAGAUCGCCAUCAAGAGCAUAUCCGAGCUAGAGAUUCAUUAAUUCAGUCUUUGGCAGCACAGCUAGAAUUGGAUGGUUUUGAGCGUGGACCAUUCAGUGAAAGACAGAUUAAAAAUUUUCACAAACUUGUGAGAGAGAGACAAGAAAGGGAAUCAGAAACUGUCAGCCAACUGAUGAAUGACUUUGCAGAAAAAGAGACUCUCAAACAAAAACAGAUAGAGGAGAUAAGGGAUAAGAAAACUGGACUUGGAAGAAUAAUUGAGCUAAAAUCAGAAAUCCUAAGUAAGAAGCAGAAUGAGCUGAAAAAUGUGAAAUAUGAAUUACAGCAGUUGGAAGGAUCUUCAGACAGGAUUCUUGAACUGGAUCAGGAGCUCACAAAAGCUGAACAUGAGCUAAGCAAGGCUGAGAAAAACAGCAAUGUAGAAACCCUAAAAACAGAAGUAAUAAACCUACAAAAUGAGAAAGCAGACCUAGACAGGACUCUUCGUAAAUUGGACCAGGAGAUGGAGCAGUUAAACCAUCAUACCACAACGCGUACCCAGAUGGAGAUGCUGACCAAAGACAAAGCUGACAAAGAUGAACAAAUCAGAAAAAUAAAAUCUAGGCACAGUGAUGAAUUAACUUCAUUGCUGGGAUAUUUUCCAAACAAGAAACAGCUUGAAGACUGGCUUCAUAGUAAAUUAAAAGAAAUUAAUCAGACCAGGGACAGACUUGCCAAAUUGAACAAAGAACUGGCUUCAGCUGAGCAAAACAAAAAUCAUAUAACUAAUGAGCUAAAAAGAAAGGAAGAGCAGUUGUCCAGUUAUGAAGAUAAGCUGUUUGAUGUUUGUGGUAGCCAGGAUUUUGAAAGUGAUUUAGACAGGCUUAAGGAGGAAAUUGAAAAAUCCUCAAAACAGCGAGCCAUGUUGGCUGGAGCCACGGCAGUUUACUCCCAAUUCAUUACUCAGCUAACAGAUGAAAACCAGUCAUGUUGCCCUGUCUGUCAGAGGGUUUUUCAGACAGAGACUGAAUUACAAGAAGUCAUCAGUGAUUUGCAAUCAAAGCUGAGACUUGCUCCAGAUAAACUGAAGUCAACAGAAUCAGAGUUAAAGAAAAAACAAAAGCGGCGUGAUGAAAUGCUGGGACUUGUGCCCAUGAGGCAAAGUAUAGUUGAUUUGAAGGAGAAGGAAAUACCAGAAUUAAGAAACAAAUUGCAGAAUGUCAAUAGAGACAUACAGCGCCUAAAGAAUGACAUAGAAGAACAGGAAACACUCUUGGGUACGAUAAUGCCUGAAGAGGAAAGUGCCAAAGUAUGUCUGACAGAUAUUACAAUUAUGGAGAGGUUCCAGAUGGAACUUAAAGAUGUUGAAAGAAAAAUUGCACAACAAGCAGCUAAGCUACAAGGAAUAGACUUAAAUCGAACUGUUCAACAAGUAAACCAGGAAAAACAAGAAAAACAACACAAAUUAGAUACAGUUUCCAGUAAAAUUGAAUUGAAUCGUAAGCUUAUACAGGACCAGCAGGAACAGAUUCAACACCUAAAAAGUACAACAAAUGAACUUAAAUCAGAGAAGCUUCAGAUAUCCACUAACUUGCAACGUCGUCAGCAACUAGAAGACCAGACUGUGGAUUUAUCCACUGAAGUUCAGUCCUUAUAUAGAGAGAUAAAGGAUGCUAAAGAGCAGGUAAGCCCUUUGGAAACAAUACUGGAAAAGUUCCAGCAGGAAAAAGAAGAAUUAAUCAACAAAAAAAAUAAAAGCAACAAAAUAGCACAAGAUAAGUUGAAUGAUAUCAAAGAGAAGGUUAAAAAUAUUCAUGGUUAUGUGAAAGACAUUGAGAAUUAUAUUCAAGAUGGGAAAGAUGACUAUAAGAAGCAAAAAGAAACUGAACUUAAUAAAAUAAUAACUCAACUAAGUGAAUGUGAGAAACAUAAAGAAAAGAUAAAUAAAGAAAUGGGAAUCAUGAGACAAGAUAUUGAUACACAGAAGAUACAAGAAAGGUGGCUACAGGAUAACCUUACUUUAAGAAAAAGAAACGAGGAACUAAAGGAAGUUGAAGAAGAAAGAAAACAGCAUUUGAAGGAAAUGGGACAGAUGCAGGUUUUGCAAAUGAAAAAUGAACAUCAAAAGUUAGAAGAAAAAAUCGAAAAUAUAAAAAGAAAUCACAGUUUGGCAUUAGGGCGACAGAAAGGUUAUGAGGAAGAAAUCAUUCAUUUUAAGAAAGAACUUCGAGAACCUCAAUUUCGGGAUGCUGAGGAAAAGUACAGAGAAAUGAUGAUUGUUAUGAGAACAACAGAGCUUGUCAACAAGGAUCUGGACAUUUAUUAUAAGACCCUUGACCAAGCAAUAAUGAAAUUUCACAGUAUGAAAAUGGAAGAAAUCAAUAAAAUUAUCCGUGAUCUUUGGCGAAGUACCUAUCGUGGACAAGAUAUUGAAUACAUAGAAAUUCGGUCUGAUGCUGAUGAAAAUGUAUCAGCUUCUGAUAAAAGGCGGAAUUACAACUACCGAGUGGUGAUGUUAAAGGGAGACACAGCCUUGGAUAUGCGAGGACGAUGCAGUGCUGGACAAAAGGUGUUAGCCUCACUCAUCAUUCGCCUAGCCCUGGCUGAAACCUUCUGCUUGAACUGUGGCAUCCUUGCCUUGGAUGAGCCAACAACAAAUCUUGACCGAGAAAACAUUGAAUCUCUUGCACAUGCUCUUGUUGAGAUAAUAAAAAGUCGCUCACAACAGCGUAACUUCCAGCUUCUGGUAAUCACUCACGAUGAAGAUUUUGUGGAACUUUUAGGACGUUCUGAAUAUGUGGAGAAAUUCUACAGGAUUAAGAAGAACAUUGAUCAGUGCUCAGAGAUUGUAAAAUGCAGUGUUAGCUCCCUGGGAUCGUAUGUUCAUUAAAUAUAUGCAAGAUUUAAGUGCCAUAGAAACACAGUUACUUAGGCAGCUGCUUAUUUCUGCUAUCAACUGAGUCAAUAAUAAAAUAUAUUCUUAAA